GAACUUCAUUUCCUGAUGUUAGUCACAUUGGAACGUACCAGCUGCUUAAAGCAAGUCACGACCCAAGUUCUCAAAAAGAUGAAACUCUUCGCCAUCGUCUCAGUCCUCGUUUUGGCAAUUGGUGCAUCCAGCGCCAAGGGUCUCCGUGCCACUCCCAUCACCGACGAUGAAUUGCUGACCCUGUCCAGAGACCUGCACGCCAACGAUGUCAAUGGAGCCACUCUCACAUUGGAUCUCCAAGGCCAGACCACAGCAGGCAGCUUGGUAGACAACGCACCCGGCCGAUUGAUUGUCAGUGACCCGAUCCCCGACUUUGCCAAGCCAACUUUCGCUGCCGCCCAGGCUCUGCUCAACAACUACCAGAAGAACGUGACCAUCCAGGACACUUUCACUCCCGAACAGUUGGCCGAAGAAGCCGCUUUCAUCGACGCCGUCAUGGAAACCGGUGUGAUGCAACAGCUUCACGCUUUUCUGGUGUCCAAAGGUGAGGCUAGCGCUGAUGUUGUCCAAUUCAAGCAAUUUUUGAGCACCAUCUGGUUUGGUCGCUGGUCUGAAUUCGUCCCUGGUGUUGUCGCUAGCAGCGGAUGGGAACACACCAACGUGUUUGAGCGAUUGGAGAACAACGUCGUCGUCGGAUUCCACAGCUGGAUCUACUUGUUCAACGAAGAGGAAGAUGGUGACUUGAACUAUUUGGGCUACAUCAAUGCCGUCGAAACUGGCAAGACGACCGUCCUUUCCAUGCCAGUCGACCUGUACGGAAGCACCAAGGCUUCUUCUGAAUUCAAUAUGGGAGCUAGCCCCGAAUUGGAACUCGCCAUCGGCACCUUGUGCUUCGUUGCCCGCCCCGAUGUCCCUUGCUUCGUCCAGGGUUCCAACGGUGCGCCGUUCACUUGGGAUACGCAUACCGUUACCUACAACGGAGUCAAAUACGUCGAAAGCUCACACCCAACUUUCGCUUAAAAUUGACACAGAAAGACCCGAUACCCUCAAUUAAAUACCCCUCCUGCCUUCCCGAAACUUGCAAUGAAUCGAUCGAUUCUUUUUUCCUUAAUCAGGAAUGAGACCGAUUGAAAUUGAUCAUGAAAUAUUUAUUUCGACUGUGUGAUGAUGUCGGCUGUACAGUGUUUUCGCGAUAUGUAAACCAGUCGUGAAUAAUAUACUUUUCUUAUUAUUCCCGCAAA